ACUAACUAACCCUAUAGCAAAUUCUGACCAAAAACACUGUACACAUAACAACGCACUACAAGACCAACCACAAUAACCCGUAAUCGUCAAUAUUGGCGGAGGAUAUGGUACUAAAAUUCAACUAUAUUCCGGUCAGUUCCGGUUAACGUUCAUAUUUGUAGUAGGACCUAAACUUCCCCCGACUUUCUCCGGAUGCCAUACUGUAGUGUUACCCUCGCCGAUAGCACUUACGCCGAUUAUGGCGAAUUUUCAAGCUUUGAGAGAUUGGUUCUGGGACGAAAAGUUUUGGCUGCUCAGCAAUGCUACAUGGGAUGAUUUCGAAAAUCCUCCUCCCGGUGUGUAUUACCCUUUAGAGAGACAUAUUCUUCUUCCAAGCCUUCUUAUAGGAGUUCUUCUGAUCGGAAUUCGUCUGGCGUAUGAAAGGUUAUUGGUGAUCCCGUUUGCCCUGUAUAUGGGCCUGACCUUCAAGAAACAUUACGCUGUAGAGAAGAACCCCAGUCUUGAGGCUGUGUAUGCUACUGACAAGUACCCAGAACAGGACCAAGUACAGGAAUUAUCCAAGAAGACAAGUCUAACAGAGAGACAGAUACAGAGAUGGUUCCGACACAGACGCAGUCGAGAAAUGCCAGGCAGGAUGCAAAAGUUCAGGGAAUGCAGCUGGCAUUUCCUGUUCUAUUCCUCAAGUUUCUUUUCGGCGAUAUAUAUCCUGUGGGAUAAGCCGUACUUUUGGGAAUCUAAGUACUGUUGGAUAGACUAUAAACACCAGCAUGUAUCGAAUGAUGUGUUCUGGUUCUACACCAUCGAGCUGGCGUUUUACUGGAACCUUGUGUUUACCGUGCUGUCCGACCACAAGAGAAAGGACUCCACCCAGAUGUUUAUUCAUCACAUGGUCACUAUCGCGCUCAUCUACUUCUCGUUUGCCAUCAACACGGUCCGCAUUGGUGCCCUCGUCAUUGUUGUCCAUGAUUCGGUAGAUCUCUGGAUGGCUGGUGCCAAGAUGGCCAAUUAUUUGAAAAAGGAUACACUAACCGACACAAUGUUUGGCAUAUUUUUUGUGGUGUGGCUACUUACCAGACUCUACAUCUACCCAUUCAAGAUGGUGUGGUCGGCUUCCUUCGAGUCCCUACAAUAUCAGGCUAUGUGGCCGUCCUAUUGGCUCCUCAACGGUCUCCUCUGGAUCCUACAGGUUCUACACGUCAUCUGGACGUUCAUGAUCCUACGAAUCGUUCUCAACAAAUUCACUGGCGAGAAAAAGGUUAAAGAUGUAAGGAGUGAUACAGAAGAGUCCACGGGUAAGGAGGAAGAAGGAGAGAAAUCUCAGGAACGUGAUGUCAUAGUCAAUGGCUCCCCAACCCUAAGAAGUCCAGACUCUGUAGGCCGCAGGAAAAAAUGUAAAGCAUAGAAACCAGCAUGUUAGACAGGGACACACAAACUCCACCAAGCUACUUCAAAUGUACGUUUCCCUGUAACGUUCAGAUUCCGUCCACAAGCAUUAAUAUUACUGUCAGUAAUUCUGUCAAAGGUGAUUUUUGUGAGAGCAAAAAAGUUCAUAAUGAUGCAUAACAAAAUAUUGUCAUAUAUUUGAUUCAAUUGAAGUGAUUUGCUCAAAUAUGAAACCUGGAAAUUUCAAGCAUUUAUUUUUCUAUAUUAGGACUUGAUUAUUAUACAUGUAAACCUUCCUAUCACCAAUUUAUUGUAUAAAAAGACACAACUUAAAGCUCACAUGCAUUCCUGAAAGGCCAAGUGAGUGUAUGCCUUGAUAAGACAUCCAUUUAUCAUCCAUUAUCGGUUAGCUUUUCACUUAAAAGCUUAACCUAGAGUUACCAUAUUCUGUCUUUGCGUAUUGCAGAGUUAUCUUCU